GACCCUCCCCUGUUCAUGCUGUGUCUCUCUCUGUCUCAAAAAUAAAUGUUAAAAAAAUUUUUUUAAAAGUUAAAAACAAAAAAAUACACUACAAGUGCAUUUAGAAAUAUGGCUGAAACGACCAGAAAAUGGAGCUUAACGACAUGAAAGUUAUUCCCUUUGGAGAGCAACAGGAUGGCAGACGGGAGACUGCUAGUUUUCGUUAUACGGCUUUUAGUACUGCUCCAUUUUUAAAUUAUUUAAAUGUGUUACUUAAACAUUUUAAAUUUAUUCACAAUAGCCAAAAGGUGGAAACUCUCCAAUUGUCUGUCAACAGGUGAAUGGAUAAAAAAAAUGUAAUCUACAGAUACAAAGGAAUAUUAUUCAACCUUAAAAGGAAAAGCAAAAUACUGACACAUGCUAUAACAUGGAUGAGCCUUGAAAAUGUUAUGGUGGAACAAACCAGACACAGAAGGGCAAAUAUCGUGUGCUUCCACUUAUAUGAAGUACCUAGAAUAGGCAAAUUCAUAGAGACAGAAAGUAGAAUGGGGGUUGCCAGGGGAGGGGGGAGAGGAGGGCAGGGGAUUAUUGUUUAACGGGUACAGAGUUUCAGCUUGGAAAGGUGAAGAAGUUCUGAAAAUGGACAGCGACGAUGGUUGCGCAUCUAUGCGAACGGACUUAAUGCCACUGAACCGCCCAUUUAAAAAUGGUUAAAAUGGUAAACUUCAUGGUGUCUAUUUUAUCAUAUCAAGAAAGUUUCAAUUUCAUAAAAUUGGCACGUUCAAGAUAUGGGAACAUGUCUUGAAGAGGUAGAACAUUAAUUCAUACCUGAUGACUUGGAAUAUUAACACCUCUGAGGAGAUAAUUACACGUUGGUUGGAGAAUGAGGUAUUUUGGGAAUUUUAUGUAAUCAUUCACCACGCAAAGUUAUCUUGUCUCUGUCUUCCAUAUUAAAUGGCCACCACCUUGUUUCUUUGACCUCAGUCAUUAUUUCACUCCUGAGAAAAACACGUGUAUCAAAGAGCCGUGUUCAACAUGGCGUUCCAUGACUCGCUGAACGGGCAUUUCUACCUCUUUCAAGAAGUAUUGAAAGACCUACGACGGUUUCGGGCCUGCCGGGCACUGUGUAAACAGAGAUGAAUAGUAUUCCCUCAAAAUCUUCCUCAUAAUCUAACAGGACGGACAAGGAGAAAAAAGGGCCUGUGACACAACGUGAGAGAAGACCAGGGACAGCGCGGCAGAGGGCUGGAGUCGGGCCUUCCAAGGCGAAAGGGAGUUUGUCCUGCGGCCGCGGGAACCAGGGAGAAGCGGCCUCGUGGGUGCGUCAGGCCUGAGACGCCUGGAGCACCGUCCUUCGCUCUGCUUCGAGUCCGUCACGGCCGCAGAUCGGCCGAUCCCUACACUGCACUUCCGAGCCACCCGGUUCACUUGCACGAGGGCUGUGAAUCGCUGGCCCUCGGGUCAUGGCCGCGGCGGCAGGCUGUGGGGAGCACCGCGAGUCGGUCUCCGGAAGCGUUCAAAACGGAGUCACAGAGUCACCGGGGAGACUAAACCCAGCGGCGGGGCCGGAGCCAAGAGGGGCGAAGCCUCACGCGGGUGCCGGAGGGCGCGUGCGCCCGGGGACUGAGGGAAGGGAGCCCCGGCCUCGGGCCGGCCUCGCGCUCCGACCUCUGGCGGCGGCUGCACUUGAGGAGGAGACGGACGGAGGGCUGCCUCUCCCGCCCGCCGGCAGGAGGCGGGAGUGCCCUUUACUGGACUGGCAUCCCAACAAGAGGCCGCCUGGCCUACCUCGUCUCCAGUUGUAGUGGUGAGGAUGGGCCGUGCGGCAGGCCUCGAUGUCUGGCUCAUGUCUGAUGAUGUUGACCAGAAGCUUCUCCAUCCUACUGAAUUAAAUGUCUGAGACCCUCAUGUGGUCAAGCUUUCAGCUAAUACACAACAAAGAACUGCAGGCCACGCACUGACACUGUGUAAUGAAAGGCUGAUGGAAACGCAUUCUGGGAACUGCAGGAAGUCGAGGACAUGAAGGAAAAAGACAUUAAAGACUUUCUGUGUCAGAGAUAGUAGAAAAUGAUUGAUUACCUUUUAGAGGUAGGAUUCUUGCAUAACGGCUUUCUGGACAAUUCAUAUUCUUCUGGGUAAAAUACUCUGCUUUGGACUUUUUAAUUGUGGGGAUCAGAUUAUUUUGUAAGAGCAGUAAAGAAUAUUAAAUUGUAACCAGGAGGGAGAAACAUCUUAACACAACAAAUAGAUCUGAAAUUUGAUCUUUUAGCGUGUGAUUUCCCCAUCCGGUCCUUAUCUGUGUAUUCAUAUUCUUUGUAUAUAAAUACAAUUAUGUUUAUGUUCCACA